AUGGCGAUGGCGAUAGCGACAAAUCUGAUACGAGAUUGCGAGGCGGAUGCGGAUUCAGAUUCAGAUGCGUCCCCGGUCGAGGAUUAUAUCUGGGAGCAACAGCAACAUCAACAGCAACAGCAACCACAGCGGAGCCUGAUAUUGAUGGCAUGUCGACAACAACACAUGCAGCAGCCAUGGCAACAGCAACAACUACAUAAAAAACAGCAGCAGCAACUGUAUCAGGAGCAACAGCAGCAGCAUCAACUGCAGCAACAGUACCAUCAGCAACAGCAUCAGCAGUACCAAAAACAACAGCAGCAGCAACACUAACAGCAACACCAACAGCAACACCAAAAGCAGCAGCAGCAACAGCAGCAGCAAUAUACAGAUUGCCAACAACAGCAGCAACAUCAUCGGCAGCAGCAGCAACAACAUGAGUGA